GAGAAGGCGGUGCCCUGUCCGGUUGCUCCGGCCCGGAUGGGGAAACCGAGGCAGGGCGCGCGGGGCGCCUGCAGCAGCCUCGGAGCCCGCCCCGCCCCUCUUCGGCCCUGCCGUUUCGGUUCCUGUUCGCGGGUUUGCGGGACGCUGCGGCACCUCCGUCCUCCGUCGGUCCCUGACUCGCAGGGAAGGACCCGCCCGCGAAGGGCCCUCCGAGCGCAGGCCGCCUGGGGUCGCACUGUGGGUUCGUCCCCACUGUUAGUCGCUUGACCUUUGGGCAGUUCCUGAGCCAACCCAGACCUCACACUGCUCACCCCUGAAACGGGAAGGCAGGGUCUGGACGCUCACACGCACCGGUCCCGGGCCGCGGCGUGGGUCGUGGUAACGCCCGUGAGCUGUAAACCUACCCCGGGGGGCCGUCGCUGCUGCGUGCGUUGCUGGGACCACGCGUGGGGAUUCCCUCAGCCAGUGGCGUUUUGAUGAGCAGCAGCUCCUGGACUUUGUGUUGAGCCAAAGCGUUGCUGAACGACUAAAAGUCAGGGCUCUGUUUUGACAGUUUUCCCAGCGCCUAACUUAGGGCUCCCCAGACCCGGGGCUGCCCACUGAGCCAGAACGGAGAAACUGGCAGGAUCCUGGUGGCAGGGAGCUCAGGUGCAGCGGAAGUGGCGCGACCACAGCGGAAGCGAGGAAUAGCGCAAAUUUGGGGGCGCCCCGUCCCAUUUUGUGGAAGGAGCGCCUUGCUUUGCCGGCUUUGGACGGUUCUGCUCUGCUUUCGCCCCUGAAACAGCCGUUCCCAUUCUGCGUUUUCUGGGAGUUGGAAGUGAGAUCUCGGAUCUCCGUGCUACAGAGCGAGGAGCAGAACGUUUGAAUCUGCACUUUCGUGUACCCUCGGGAUUUUCGUUGUUGUUUUUACAAAUUUAAAAGUCAAAUUUAUACCGUUUAUUAAAAACGAGGGUUUUGUAAGCAGGCGAGGUCGUUGCACAUCUGCACUGUAGCUGGCCCAUCCCACUGCGAACAUGUCACUGUUUCUACUUGUCGCCCUGUCCCCUCCCCAUCUCUAGGUGACUCCAGACCACGGAGGAUGAGCGCUGGCUUCGCAGGGUUGCUUCCUCCUGGCUGACAGAUGGAGGGAGACGCCCCGGGGGCUGCCGGCGAGGGGGGCGGCUCGGGCCCGGCCAGGAGCACGGCCACGGCCUCCCCGGCCGAGGACAUCCGCGGGAGGAUUAACGGGGUCCUCUCUUCUGCCUCCCCGAUUCUGGACCUGAGUCAGAGUGGUCUUCGCCAUUUAGGAGAAAUCUUUCGAAUUCCCACGCUCAAACUGCACCUGCAGAGGAACGCCCUCCGCGCCCUCCCCGCCGACUUCUUCCAGCUGCUGCCCAACCUCACCUGGCUGGACCUUCGGCACAACAGGGUCACGGCGCUUCCUCCCGGGAUCGGCGCCCACCGGUAUUUGAAAACUUUGCUUUUAGAGAGAAACCCUAUCAAAACGUUGCCUGUGGAGCUGGGGGGCGUGGCCACGCUGACCGCGUUGAGCCUGAGGCACUGCCCGCUGGAGUUCCCGCCGCCGCCCGUGGUGCAGCAGGGGCUGGGCGCCGUGCUGGCCUUCCUGCGGUUCUGUGCGGUGCAGCGCGCCCCCUCAGGAGAGCCGGCUCCGCCAGGUUGGUGGGACAGUCAUCCUCACGGUGACAGACAGCCUGGGGACCAGGGCUCACGCCCUCUAGCACCAGGGCCAGGAAGCCUGUCUGCUCACUGUCGGCGAGCUGCGUCCGCUCCUGCGAGCUCCUCUCCUGGGCUUGCGCCUCGGGGCUCCGUGCGGCGCCCGUGUGUGGGGCUGCCGAGAAGUUCGCUGGGACGCGUCGGGGAAGCAGCCCCCAACCCACGUGCCGUCAGGCAUCGCCUGUCCCUUAGACGGCGCUUCCCAUUUUGUAAACCAUUCCUCUCUGAAAACAUCGCCCCGAGUGUGCAGCAGGCUGGCAUGUCUCACACUGGCAGCACAGUGUCCUGUGCAUCAGUGUACCGUGUCCUAUGUGGCACCAGCACGGGUCACACUUGGCCGCCUGUGGGCCCAGCAGGAGACCAGGCCCCGGGGUCGUGCGGGGCCUGCGCAGUAAUGGCAGCCCUGGACAUCAGGGCAUUGACCUGUCUCCUGCUCCGAGCCGUCCUCCCAGACGUUGUGUUUAGAGAAAGGCUUUUUGCCCCAGUGCCUAACGGGACCUGGCAGACAGUGGAUGAAUGCAGCUUGGGUCAAUUACCUCUCAAAUUACUUAGCUAGAACUAGAGAUAAAAGUGUUUGAAAGUCAACAAAUUAUUGCCAGACAAAAACAACAGGCACGCGGGCUAAAAAUUAAUAGAGAGAGAUACCGAAAGAUCUGGGGAGGGAGCAGAACAGCGGCUUUGGGGCUCCGGGCCGGGCUGGGCCAGGCCGGGCCGUGGCUGUGCCUGUGCGCGUGGGCAGGGGCCACCCGCGAGUCCGCCCGCCGAG